CCCAAAACCACCAGGAGCGAGUCGCACGCGCGUACACGUGCAUGGACCGAGGACGCAUCAGCUAAAGCUAAACGGGCAGCAGGCUACAGGCCCAGAUUAUUCACGGAGUCCCCCGUCGUUCAUUUUGUUCAGGCGGACCUCCGACCGGCAGGGAUUAGAAACGUGCAUGAUCAUAUGAGUGUGAAGGGGGGAAGAAUCGCGCAAGAUGGUUCGGGAAACCAGACACCUUUGGGUGGGAAAUUUACCCGAACAUGUUCGAGAGGAGAAAAUUGUGGAGCAUUUUAAACGGUAUGGACGUGUGGAAAGUGUUAAAGUCCUGCGGAAGCGAGGGUCAGAGGGUGGUGUGGCAGCCUUUGUGGAUUUUGUGGAUAUCAAAAGUGCGCAGAAGGCUCACAACGCUGUCAACAAGAUGGGAGACAGGGACCUUCGGACUGACUACAAUGAACCUGGGUCAGUCCCUAGUGCUGUUCGGGGCCUUGAAGACAGCUCACCCUCGAGCAGUCGAGACGUUACAGCAUUCACUAGGGGAACAGUUGGUCCAGUGUUUGGCCCACCUGUUUCCCUUCACACCAGAGAGGGACGUUAUGAACGGAGAAUAGAUGGUAGCACAGAAAGCCGUGAACGUGCGUAUGACCACAGCCCGUACGGACACCAUGAGCGCAGUGGCACUUUCGAAAGACAGCGUCACUACAACGCAGACUAUUACCGUGAUCGUUCCAUGUUUGCUGCUGCUGGUCCAGGAAGCAGUGCCAUCGGGGGGAGCUUUGAGGCAACAGACCCACAUUUUGACUCUAGAAUUCGAGACCCCUUUACUCUGACUAACUCUACACGACGUGACCUAUACAGAGAUGACAGAGGACGACGGGUUGAUAGAACCUACCAUCACCGCCGGAGCCGAUCAUCUCAUUCCUCACAGUCGAGGCACCCUUCCCCACAACGGACCACGGGACAAACCCCCAAAACGCCUCAUUCCCCUAAAAGAGCUCCUUUGUCCCCCGGGAGAGGUCCACGAUCUCGAUCCCACAGCAGAUCUUCAAGCUCCGAUUCUGUCAGCAGCACCAGCAGCACGGGCAGCGGCAGCGAUUCAAACAGCAGCUCCAGUGAUGGUUCUCGGGCGCACUCUGCUCAGUCUUCAGCUACACACGCCCCGACUCAGUCUUCUAUGGGGCUUGACUCCGAUGAGCCACGCAGAAGCUUUGGAAUUAAAGUGCAAAACCUACCAGUGCGCUCCACGGACACGAGUUUAAAAGAUGGACUUUUCCAUGAAUUCAAGAAACAUGGGAAAGUGACCUCAGUGCAGAUCCAUGGAGCUUCAGAAGACCGCUAUGGUUUGGUGUUCUUCAGGCAACAAGAGGAUCAAGAGAAAGCCCUCACUGUCUCCAAAGGAAAGCUCUUCUUCGGCAUGCUUAUCGAAGUCACGGCCUGGAAUGGCCCAGAAACGGAGAGUGAAAAUGAAUUCAGGCCCUUGGAUGGGCGGAUAGAUGAGUUCCACCCAAAGGCCACAAGGACACUGUUUAUAGGCAACCUUGAGAAGACCACCAGUUAUCAACAACUCCUUGACAUUUUUCAACGCUUUGGAGAAAUUGUGGACAUUGACAUCAAGAAAGUAAAUGGAGUUCCCCAAUAUGCCUUUGUGCAGUAUUCUGAUAUUGCCAGUGUCUGCAAGGCCAUUAAGAAGAUGGAUGGAGAGUAUCUGGGAAGCAACAGACUAAAGCUUGGGUUUGGGAAGAGUAUGCCCACGACGUGUGUUUGGCUCGAUGGUUUAGCAACCAGUGUCACAGAGCAAUACCUCACACGGCAUUUCUGCCGCUAUGGACAUGUAGUUAAGGUUGUGUUUGAUAGAUUGAAAGGGAUGGGCCUCAUCUUGUACAACAACACAGAUUUUGCUCAGGCAGCUGUAAGGGAGACCAAAGGUUGGAAGAUUGGAGGCAAUAAAAUAAAGGUGGAUUUUGCAAGUCAAGAGAGUCAGAUGGCAUUCUACCGAUCUAUGCAGGCAUCUGGUCAAGACAUUAGAGACAUCUAUGAAAUUCCUGCUGAACGACGAGAGGAACGCAGACCCCCAUACCAUGAAUUUCCUACAGAAAGGGCUUACUAUGAGAAUAUACGAGCAACCCCUGGCAUCUAUCCAGAGGAAGCUCGAAGAGACUUUGCUGCUCGCAGUAGAGAACGUUUUCCUGAACUGGAAAACUAUCAAGGAGAGCACUUUGACCCACGUUAUCAUGAAGACCCAAGAGACUACCGGGAUUACAGAGACCCCUUUGAACAAGACAUCCGAAAAUACACAUAUAUUCAAAGAGAGCGAGAAAGAGAGCGAGAACGUUUUGAGGCUGACCGCACCAGGUGGAGCCCUUCCCAUCCGAGGCGACCUGUUACUCCUACAGUAUCGCCUUCACCAUCUGAGCGGGUUCCCAGAGACCCAGAACGUCGGGUUUACAGCCAGUCCUCUGAGCGAAGUGGUAGUGUGAGUUCAAUGUCGCCACCACACUUUGAUAAAUCUGAAAAGACCCUGCUGGAAGUUGCCACGAAGAGUGAUAAGACCAGCCAACCAGAUCGUGUGGCAGGUGCUGAGAAAACCAAACGUGCAAAACGAAAAGAGAAAGGUGACAAAGACAAAGCUGAGAAGAUUAAAUCAAGGAAAGCAAAGGGGCAAUCUCCAUCCAAUCCUCUACCUGAACCAGAGCUUGAGACAAGUUUAGAUGGAGGGGCUGGAAGAGGACGGGGAUCAGACCAGGAUGCUCAUGAGAAGCAGAAAAGUAAAGGGGAUGGAGAGUCUCUUACUGGAAAUCAGUCGUCAACUGCUCAUCAUGACUCUGUAAAAAGUGAAAGAUCUGAAAUGAGUAAAGGUGAGAAUUCAGACUUGGAUGGAAAAAACAGACUCAAGAAACAUCUUAAGCCUGACGUUGGAAAUGAUGGGAAAGAUUUAUCGGUGGAUUCAGAUCGCCUUGCUGCAAGAAAAAGGCGCUUUGCUGAUUCCGGUGGCAGGACUAUUCGUCAGAAAAGAAGCAGGCAUGAGGAGGAGGAUGUUUUUCCCGCUGAGUUUGGUGCUGGUGCUACAUAUUCAAAAGAGUCGGACACCGACAAAAACAAAGAUUCACAACGGAGAGAUUCAAGACUCAAAGCUGAAAAAAGUGGCACUCAGAAGGAUAGUCAAGAGGACCUUAGAGGGCAAAGAGAGAAGUCGGAGGGAUCUUUGGAUCCACUGGAGUCAAAACGACAUCCAGGGCACACUUCAUCCCGAAGGUUUUCCCAUGAAGGGAUUCCAGACCAAAGCAGUAUAAGAGAGCAAGAACACCUCGCUGCUUUCAAAUUUGGUGCUCCGAAUGCUGACUCUGACAAAAGUGGUAAAAACAAGGAAGGCUAUGUUGAUAUUGACCUCUCUCAGAGUUACCGCAAGCAAAUGGAGCAAAAUAGACGGUUGCACCAGCAGCAACAGCAGCGUGAGUCUGACAAAUCUGACAAACCAGGAAGUCCUCUAGGAAGUGAAGCAGAGGACUUGGAACAUCGCAGUCUUGUGCAUGAAGUUGGUAAACCACCUGAGGAUGUCACAGAUAAUUUCCCAUCUCACAAACUAAAGAAACUAGACCUCUUUGAAACUGACCCAGGAAUUAAGAGGGAGCGAGUCUACAGGAGCUUUCGUCAAAAGAGUGAAGAUCCUGACUGGAACAACAUCUCUCCAGGACAUCAGCACUUCCCUCACCAUGUGGAUGAGGACUUCGUGGACCCUUCUCAGAAAGAGUUAUGUCUAAAUGAGGAAAAGAUUCACCCAGAUCUAGAGCUAUUGGUCAAAAGGACACAUAACACACAGGCAAACAAGCCAAACACUCCUUCACUUAGUGUGGAAGAAGAGCAACAAAAGAGAUGGGAGAGCAGAGUUAACAAAGACUUGUUACCUGACCUGAACCUUUCUGGAAGUCUAAGUAAGAACAUUCACAAUCGCAAGCGUUUGGAAUAUGGUAUUUGGCAUGACUUGGAGCCCGGGGAAGUACGAUCCGACUCUGAGGAGGACCGAGAGAACAAACCCCACUCUCCCAUGCCGUCCACAUCUAUGCCUUUUACCGAGAGGCCAAGGGUUGACAGGUUUUCAGACCCCAAACUAGCACAUCUUGAAAGAAACAAAUUCUACUCCUUUGCACUUGAUCAAACUAUCACACCUGAUACAAAGGCUCUGCUCGAACGUGCAAAAUCUCUCUCCUCUUCAAGAGAAGAUAACUGGUCAUUUUUGGAUUAUGAUUCUCACUUUGCAAGUUUACGCAACAGAAAGGAUACUGAGAAGGUAGAAUCAGCACCGCGGCCGACACCUUCCUGGUACAUGAAAAAGAAAAAGAUUCGAAGUGGAUCCGAAGACAAAGUUGAUGACAGGAAGGAGGAGCCUAAGCCAGAGCAGCAGGAACGCAGGGAACUCUUUGCCUCACGCUUCCUUCACAGCCCCGUCUUUGAGCUGGACUCUAGGCGACUUCAACACUUGGAACGCAAACAUGAAGAACCUGAACAUACACAAAACCAGCAGCCUGGUCAGCAAGGGACAGGAGAUGGUGAACUUGACACAGGGCCAGUUGUCCUUUUCCAUAGUCGUUUUUUGGAACUCACACGACUGCAACAGCAGAAGAAUAAACCCCAUCAGCUACAAGAGGUAAAAGUAGAAACAGUGCCCAUAGAUGAGAUUAAAGUGGAAAAGGCACCUGUUGAAGAGCAACACGCUUUGCAGUCGCCUGAAACAAUGGAAUCUAUCAUGGAGCCAGAAAUUAAACCGAUCAGUCCUGCUGAAGAACUGAUCUCUGAACCCAGAAUCACACCAACUUCUGUAACCCAAUCUGUGGUCAAAGAAGAGAAAUGUGUUGCGUUAAUCCGAGCCCCUCUAUUUACCCCUGUGUCUGUCAUAAAGGAAGAGAUAAAAGAAGAGGUGACAGAAAAUGAACCCGUCAUACCCAUGCACCACCCAUUACCUGAGGCACCAUCUGACACUGAACCUGCACAAAUGGCAGCACCUGAACCCAGUUUUUCAGUGUAUAGAUGUAAACUGUCUCCAUCUGAAGGGAAAUUGGAUAUUACUGAGGAUGUAAAACCUCUCUGUAUUGAAAAACCAUGCCGGCGUGAUUCUCACGAUGAGUUUGUUAGCAUUUCAGAAGCAGAGCUGGAUCCUGAGACAACACAACCAGAAGUGCCUGAAGCUGCUAGUCCCACACCACCUAGUCUUCUAGAGGAAGAGAAAGAAAGCCACACUGUUUGGAAAGCAGAAGCAGAGCCCGAGGUAGAGAGAAAACUUCAAGUUAGUAAAUUGCAGAUGCCCAUUGAUAAUGACACAAAUGACGAGCCAGUCUCACCUCAGAAAGAGCAUAAAACAAAAGAAAUGAAAAAUAAAAAGUGCAAACAGUCACCUGCUCAAGUUUCUCCAGUUCCCAUCAUAUCGACACGCAAGAGUGAGCGUAUUGACAAAGAGAAGCUGAAACGUGGAUCAUCCCCAAGAGCUGAAUCAAGGUCCACAGGCAAAUCUCCUAUUCAUGGAUCAGAAGCUGAUAUGUCAGAGCCGGGCAUAUCCGCAGGCAGAGCAAGACGAAGGAACGUUAAAUCAGUGUAUGCCACUCCAGUUGAAGAUGAUGCGCCAGUUCGUUCUGGAAAGGAAACGGAGUCACCGCGCUCUGCGCGAAAGCGAGCUACAGAUAAAGAUGCAACACAACAGAAUAUCGAACAGGAUCCACCUGCCCCAAUCCCUACAACUAAACGGGGACGUCCUCCCAAGAAUCGCAGACAAGGCGAUGAGAGUUCAACAGUUAAAGUCGAAAAAUCUAAAAUGGACAAUAAAGAUACAGAUUCAAAUGAAUCCGAAGGUGGGGAACGAAUCCCAAGAGUGUCAAAAGGAAAAACAUCCCCUCAUGGCACAAAGAGUUCAUUGAAUCCAAUGUCAACAGUCCUAGGAUCUGGAUCAACAAGGAAAGGGGAAAAAAUUGAGGUGGCUGAUGAUGAUCAGGAAAUGGAUUUCACAGAUGAAGAUUCCUUGGCUUUGCAAGAUUCAUCAAGUUCAAGUAAAGAAGAACCAACUAUAAAAGUUGACCAAAAGAACGAGGAGAAAGACAAACAGGGAAAGGAAUUGGGCAGAAAUAAAGAUGUUUUCCAUGAAAAAGCUUGUGAAGGUAAAUCAAAUGGGGAAGAGACGGAUUCCCAAGUCUUAGAAGAGAAACCCACCCUGGAAAAAGACAGGAUUGUUAGAGGAAAGACCAAGUUGACAAGGACUCCCAAGUCUCCUGUUCUUAAGAACCUCAAAAUCAGACUGAAUGUGACGGAGGUGAAAGAUCUUCUUCAAUUAGGGGAUGAUGAACAAGAAGAUUCUUUAAAAAAGUUAAAACCUGGUGACCAGAGUGAUCAUGUUUCAAAGUCUACUAAUACCGACAAAGACGAAAAAGAAAAUGCCACUUUGGAAAACAAAGAGCUUCUGGAAUCGCCAAAAAACUUAAUUUCACAGCUGGAAUUGGAGCAGGCUCUGAGGAACAUUGCUAAACUUACAGAUCCAGCUUUCCCAACAGAACCAUCGACGCAACCCGUCCCGCAAACAGAAGUGAAAAGUGAGCCAGAGGAAGAAAAGCCUUCCAAUCCUGCUAGCGAGACAGAACUCAUGGCUGCUAUUGACUCCAUAACUGCCGAAGAUGGAACUGUAUCAUUAGCUCCAGCAGCUCCAUUAGCUCCAUCACCUCCAUCAAAGGCAGAUGUAGGUUCAGAACCUGAACCAGACUUGAUUUUGCCUGCCAAGGAAAAUGAACCUCAGACAAAUAUACCUGCUGUACAGGAGGAGGCUGUCUUAUCUGCCACACCCAAAAAGGGCAACAAGGGAAGACCUAGACGUUCUAAAGUCCCAAAGCAAGUAAGAAAAGAUUCAAAGGAAGGACCUUCAAUCAGUGAGGAGUUGACGACUCCUUUAGCAGAUAGCCCACCUUCCAGUGUAAAGACUGUUCCUGCAACAACUCCAUCAGCAGCAACUACUGGGGUUAUUACUUCUACUACAUGGAGGCCAGAACCAGAGCCUUUAGCUGUCAAGGUUUCAGAUGUAAACGCAGAGUCCGAGUCAUCUUCUGAAGAACCGAUUCAACAUCUUAAAUCUGUUAACCCCCAGUCUAAGAGUCAAAUAUGCCCAAAGCCUCAACAGGUGCCACCUGAAUGCAUCUCCCCUUCCCUGUCUCCCCUAGCCAACAGGCCAAAUAUCAGACCCAUUCAAACAAGCAGAAUUCCUGUUUCUCCACCAGAUUGGCGCCAUCAGGCUAAAGAGAUGGGAGUCUCCUCUUUAUCUCUCAUGCCGUUGGCGUCCAAGGAAAACCAGCCUUUACCCUCCGACUCUGAAAACAUGGAUAUAGAUCAUGGCACAAGUGACUUGAGGCAGAUUCUUAUGAAACAUAAAAAUAUUUCGUUGCCAGGCAGUAGUUCUAUUCCGAGUAAUCUACCCACCCUGCGAGAUCAGAACCCCUCUGAAAGUAAUACUCAAUCAGCUGUUGUGCCAAAUAAGUCACCACUUUCUGGCAGUGGGAUGGCAGCUCAUCCAGCUCCACCUAUUGUUCGAGCUCCAGCCUCACUAUCAUCUCCUGAGACUAAGUCUGUGAUCUCUGUCAUUGCGUCCACUGCAACCUCUGUUAUCAGUCGUGUUUGCAACCCUCCUGAGCCUCCUGAGGACAAAGUAAACAUGAACAUUGGAAAUCCCUGUGUUGACAUGACUCUACCCAAACCAGCCUAUAGGCCCAGCAAAGACGAUGCUGGAUCAUACCACGGACCAUCUGUUGGUGAUGGAGGCGGAAGUGCUGCACGCUUCAUUGUCGAAAGCCCGACUCUUGGUACAGGGUCUUGUCCAGGUCUGAGAGUAAAUACUUCUGAAGGAGUGGUAGUCUUGAGCCACUCGGGCCAGAAAACAGAGGGACCACAGAGGAUUAGUGCAAAAAUAAGUCAGAUCCCACAAGCAACAGCAGGUGACAUGGAAUCUCAGCAGCUGGUGUCCAUGCCGCAGAUAAAACAGGAAAUGUAUGGUCAUUCUCAUUUAGGACUUCAGAAGGGGCCUUCAUUGCAGACAGAUCACGGGCAUCCUGGUAAGACGCAGUCAACUUUGUCUUCUAUUAAACAAGAAAGCAGUGGUUUGGAAAAGAUGGAAUCUACUUACCAGUCUGGACCUCAAGGAGUAGUGAAGCGUCUCACACAGGGUAGCCAGCAAGUAAUGAGUUACCAUCAAGAUUACAUGCCAAUAAAACAUCAAAAGAAAAUGGACAAUGCUGAUCCUCACACUACGGAUGGAGCUAAACCAACUUGGACCUCUGCUAUAAGUCCUGCAAUUAGCCCCCAUUUGCCCUCUCCACCUGGCAACCAUGUAGGAUUUGUUACAACGGCUGGUGACAGAGCAACCUCCCACAUCAGUGGGAUCAAACAGGAGCCGCGAUCCCCUCGCAAGUCAGGUCAUCCACACACUCAGUUUACUAAAGUGUCCUCUCCCGUAGGCUCGUCGUCACCUAAGGGCCUACCAGUGAUGUUAUCCACUGGCCUUCCUGCCAUGCAACAGUUUAUUACCGGUGUACACCAUGCAGAGCAGUCGGUUAUCAUGCAACCUCACAGUGUGCCCGGAGGCUUGGGACGGAUGUCUCCUCACCGCGUUAACCAGUCAAUUCCAGUGGGGCAUCUUGUCCAAGGAGACGUUCGGGUCAAUACUCCCCCUCUCUCUGUGAUGAGCUAUGGGAUGCACAGUGAGCCUCUCCCCUCUUGGUCUGGUCCCAUGCAGUCACGGCCCACCUCACCCCAGCCUGUCGGCAGAGACAAGGUUCUCAAGGUGAACCCCGGUUCUUUGAGGGGUCAUGACGGGGAACAGGAAGAAGCCAGACGCUUUCACCAGGCUUCAGGAAGACAGUCUGCUACACAGUUAAAACCGGAGGCUAUGCAGUCAGAUCCUCGCGGGCCUCUGCGGACCAGUGUCCCGUUAGAAACGUACAUGGCACAAAGAGAUAUGCGUGUCCUCUUGCACCAACAGGGAGAACGAUUGGCCACUGACUCUCAUUCUGGACACAUUCAAGAGACCCUUCCCUCCUCUUCUACAUCCUCCAGCCUGCCCGUAUCUUUGUCUCCAAGAGCACAUGUUCUGCCUAAAGGUGUGUCUGAGAAGGAUAUAACCAAGCCAUUAGAGGCAAAGAGACCACACUCUCCUCUUCCUAAAGAUGGAAUGAUGGCGAUCAGACAAACCGGGCAAGCUAUGGCAUCUCCCCAGAGAGUUCAGCUAAUGCCACCAGGAUCUAGUGGCUCAUUCCCAGAGUAUACUGGGAUGUACUCGAACCCGAGAGGCAUCCAUUCUCAAAUACCAGAGACGUCUCCUGUUGGACUUAACCAGCCACCACUGACCGUCACACCAACCAUGGGUGCAGACCCCCAGACAAAACCAGAUGGCAAGAUGUCGCAGCCUGUUAAUAUGGUGCAGCUGCUGACGAAAUACCCUAUUGUGUGGCAAGGCCUGCUGGCACUGAAGAACGACACAGCUGCAGUCCAGUUGCAUUUUGUGUGCGGUAACAAAGCUUUGGCUCAUCGGUCUCUGCCGCUUCAAGAAGGAGGCGCGUUGCUUAGGAUAGUCCAGAGAAUGAGGCUCGAGGCUUCACAACUAGAGAGUGUAGCCCGGAGAAUGACGGGAGACACCGACUUCUGUCUUCUCCUCGCUUUGCCUUGUGGACGAGAUCAAGACGACGUGCUGAACCAAACUCAAGCUCUUAAGUCCGCUUUCAUCAACUACUUGCAGGCAAAGUUGGCAGCUGGUAUCAUUAAUAUCCCCAACCCAGGUUCCAAUCAGCCUGCCUAUGUGCUACAGAUUUUCCCACAAUGCGAGUUUUCAGAGAGCCACUUAUCUCAGCUGGCCCCCGACCUUCUCAACAGGAUCUCCAGCAUCUCACCACACCUCAUGAUUGUCAUCACCUCUGUGUAACCGUCACUGCUGGAAGCCGUAUCAUCAAUGGACGUUCUUGCGGAUGAGCCUCAGGAAACCAGAGGAAUAAGAGAACUUGUUUUUUUUUUUUCCCCCUUGACACAAUGGGAAUGUGUAGGAUGAUACCCUAUCAACGUUUUUUGUUUUAAGUCUAUUUUUUCUUUUGUCACUCCCGUCGGGUGUUUUGGUCUUCCUCAAAAGAACUCGGAUCGACAAACCAGUAUCAGUCUUAUUUGACCAUUUCUCUGCUGUAUUUCUAUUUAUUGGAGUUUUAUUUUAAUGUUCGAAGAUGCUCUGAAGAAAAAGAAAUCAGGAUGUUUGGUGAACGAGUGACUAUCUUGGUGGCCUUUUUUCUUUCAUCUGUCUUUUAUUGAUUGUCAUAUUAAUUUCUUCACAAGGGUGGAUCAUAGAAGCCUUUACACCGCAAUGGCUAAAAAGACAUUUCAACAUGUCAUUUUAAAUAAUUAUGUACAGACUAUCUCGCCCAGGCUUUCUCUUAGAGGAGGAAUUAAGUGUAAAACUCUGGAGACCCUGUAGAGGACCACGGUCGUUUAACCAGCUCUGCUCUUUUCUCACAAUACUGAAGCAGCACCUGCCUUUGCAAUGAACAAGCUACAUUAUGAUUUGGGAGUUUUUGAAUACAGGACUUGUAAAUAUUUUAAAUAUUUAAACUUUGACAAUGGAACUUGGACAACUUAACAGAGACUUGAACUCUGGGACAAACCCGAAUGCAGAGUGUGAGAUUUAGAUGGAUAUCCUUGAUUUUUGGGUGUAAAUACUUGUAACACAAGAAGGUUGGCGAACUCUCCCGUGGAGUCUGCUGAUUGCACUUCAUAUUUUGUAACUCAAAUAAAACAAACUCAAGAAAACUUUAA